ACGCCCCGGGGCGCCAUUAUUUUUUCAUUCCGGAACCUUUUAUCCCCCUCCCGACCAUGUUUUCCUCCGGUCUCUUUUGAGCAACGAGCACUUCCGGAAUCUCUCGGCUUGUGAGCUUGGUUGUCCUACCAAAGCCAGCCUCUCGGCUCGCGUGCGCUGGCCUAGUUUGCUCGCGUCCUCACGCGCUUUGGGUUUCCCGGUCUCAUGGCCGGCCUGACCUUAUUUGUGGGCCGCCUCCCGCCCUCGGCCCGCAGUGAGCAGCUGGAGGAACUGUUCAGUCAGGUGGGGCCGGUGAAGCAGUGCUUCGUGGUGACUGAAAAAGGGAGUAAGGCAUGUCGAGGCUUUGGCUAUGUCACUUUUUCAAUGCUGGAAGAUGUUCAGAGGGCCCUCAAGGAGAUUACCACCUUUGAAGGUUGCAAGAUCAACGUGACUGUUGCCAAGAAAAAACUGAGGAACAAGACAAAGGAAAAGGGGAAAAAUGAAAACUCAGAGUGCCCAAAGAAGGAGCCGAAGGCUAAAAAAGCCAAAGUGGCAGAUAAGAAAGCCAGAUUAAUUAUUCGGAACCUGAGCUUUAAGUGUUCAGAAGAUGACUUGAAGACAGUAUUUGCUCAAUUUGGAGCUGUCCUGGAAGUAAAUAUCCCUAGGAAACCAGAUGGGAAGAUGCGCGGUUUUGGUUUUGUUCAGUUCAAAAACCUCCUAGAAGCAGGUAAAGCUCUCAAAGGCAUGAACAUGAAAGAGAUAAAAGGCCGGACAGUGGCUGUGGAUUGGGCCGUGGCAAAGGAUAAAUAUAAAGAUACACAGUCUGUUUCUGCUAUAGGUGAGGAAAAGAGCCAUGAAUCUAAACAUCAGGAAUCAGUUAAAAAGAAGGGCAGGGAGGAAGAGGAUAUGGAAGAGGAAGAAAACGAUGAUGAUGACGAUGAUGAUGAUGAAGAAGAUGGGGUUUUUGAUGAUGAAGAUGAAGAUGAAGAGGAAGAGAAUAUAGAAUCAAAGGUGACCAAGCCUGUGCAAAUUCAGAAGAGAGCAGUCAAGAGACCAGCCCCUGCAAAAAGCAGUGAUCAUUCUGAGGAGGACAGUGACCUAGAGGAAAGCGAUAGUAUUGAUGAUGGAGAGGAACUGGCUCAGAGUGAUACCAGCACUGAGGAGCAAGAGGAUAAAGCUGUGCAAGUCUCAAACAAAAAGAAGAGGAAAUUACCCUCUGAUGUGAAUGAAGGGAAAACUGUUUUUAUCAGAAAUCUGUCCUUUGACUCAGAAGAAGAAGAACUUGGGGAGCUUCUCCAACAGUUUGGAGAACUCAAAUAUGUCCGCAUUGUCUUGCAUCCAGACACAGAGCAUUCUAAAGGUUGUGCAUUUGCCCAGUUCAUGACUCAAGAAGCAGCUCAGAAAUGCCUUCUAGCUGCUUCUCCAGAGAAUGAGGCUGGUGGGCUUAAACUGGAUGGCCGGCAGCUCAAAGUUGACUUGGCGGUGACCCGUGAUGAGGCUGCAAAGCUUCAGACGACGAAGGUGAAGAAGCCGACUGGCACCCGGAAUCUCUAUCUGGCCCGAGAAGGCUUGAUUCGUGCUGGGACGAAGGCUGCAGAGGGUGUGAGUGCUGCUGAUAUGGCCAAAAGAGAACGGUUUGAGCUGCUGAAGCAUCAGAAACUCAAGGACCAGAAUAUCUUUGUCUCCCGAACCAGGCUCUGCCUGCACAAUCUCCCAAAGGCUGUAGAUGACAAACAGCUCAGAAAGCUGCUGCUGAGUGCUACUAGUGGAGAGAAAGGGGUGCGCAUCAAGGAGUGUAGAGUGAUGCGAGACCUCAAAGGAGUUCAUGGGAACAUGAAGGGUCAGUCCCUGGGCUACGCCUUUGCAGAGUUCCAAGAGCACGAGCAUGCCCUGAAAGCCCUCCGCCUCAUCAACAACAAUCCAGAAAUCUUUGGGCCUCUGAAGAGACCAAUAGUGGAGUUCUCUUUAGAAGAUCGAAGAAAACUUAAAAUGAAGGAAUUAAGGAUCCAGCGCAGCUUGCAAAAAAUGAGAUCCAAGCCUGCAACUGGUGAGCCUCAGAAGGGGCAACCAGAGCCUGCAAAAGACCAGCAACAGAAGGCAGCUCAACACCACACAGAGGAACAAAGCAAGGUGCCCCCAGAGCAGAAGAGAAAGGCGGGCUCUACCUCAUGGACCGGGUUCCAGACCAAGGCUGAAGUGGAGCAGGUGGAGCUGCCUGAUGGAAAGAAGAGAAGAAAGGUCCUGGCUCUCCCCUCACACCGAGGCCCCAAAAUCAGGUUGCGGGACAAAGGCAAAGUGAAGCCCGUCCAUCCCAAAAAGCCAAAGCCACAGAUAAACCAGUGGAAGCAGGAGAAGCAGCAAUUAUCGUCCGAGCAGGUAUCUAGGAAAAAAGCUAAGGGAAAUAAGACGGAAACCCGCUUCAACCAGCUGGUCGAACAAUAUAAGCAGAAAUUAUUGGGACCUUCUAAAGGAGCACCUCUUGCAAAGAGGAGCAAAUGGUUUGACAGUUGAUGAUGCCAGCAGGCUGGGAAUUCAGGGACCUGGAAUGGAGGGACUGGCUGGAGCCGUGGCAGAGGACAUAAAUUGUGAAAAUUUCAUGGACAUUUAUCAGUUCCCAAAUAAUACUUUCAUAAUUUCUUACUCCUGUCUUUAUUUUAAUCUCUUAAUCCUGUUAUCAUUGUAAAUUGAGGAUGUACGUCACCUCAGGAUCACUGUGAUGAUUGCAUUAACUGUACAAAUUGAUUGUAAAACGUGUGUUUGAACAAUAUAAAAUCAGUGCACCUUGAAAAAGAACAGAAUAACAGUGAUUUUAGGGAACAAGGGAAGACAACCAUAAGGUCUGACUGCCUGUAGGGUCAGGCAAAAAGAGCCAUAUUUUCUUCUUGCAGAGAGCCUAUAAACGGGCGUGCAAGUAGGAGAGAUAUCGCUAAAUUCUUUCCUAGCAAGAAAUAUUAAUAUUAAGACCCUAGGAAAAUAAUUGCAUCCCUUGGGGGAGGUCUAUAAAUGGCUGCUCUGGGAGUGUCUGUCUUAAGUGGUUGAGAUAAGGCCUGAAAUAAGGCUCUGGGAGUGUCUGUCUUAAGUGGUUGAGAUAAGGCCCUGGUCUCCUGCAGUACCAUCAGGCUUACUAGGAUUGGGAAACCCCAACCCUGGUAAAUUUGAGGUCAGACUGGUUCUCUGCUCUUGAACCCUGUUUUCUGUUAAGAUGUUUAUCAAGACUAUAUGUGCACCGCUGAACGUAGACCCUUAUCGGGAGUUCUGAUUUUGUCCUUGCCCUGUUUCCUUGGAAGCAUGUGAUCUUUGCUCUGCUUUUUACCCCUUAAAGCAUGUGACCUACUCCCUGUUUGUACACCCCCUCCCCUUUUGAAAUCCCUAAUAAAAACUUGCUGGUUUUGCAGCUCAGGUUGGCAUCACGGUCCUACCGCUAUGUGAUGUCACCCCCAGCAGCCCAGCUGUAAAAUUCC